GGUACCGAGCCGGCCCCAUGGCCAUGGCCGCCGCUGUCGCGCGCCGCCUCCUCCGCCUGCUCUCCUCGCGCUCGAACCCUAAACCCGCCUCCCUCUCCUCCUGCUCCUCUUCCUCCUCCUUCGACACUCCGGCCACCGCCGGCGAGCGCGAGGGCGACCCCCUCUCGUGGCGCCUCCUCCGCCUCCGGUCGCCGGGCGCGGCGGCCGCGGCCAUCGACGGAUGGGCCCAGGAGCGCGGCCGCGUCUGGCGGCCGGACCUCCAGCGUGCCGUCUCCCAGCUCCGCCGCGCACGCCGCUACGGCCACGCUCUCGAGAUUUUAUCAUGGAUGGACUCACGCAAAGAAAUUAAACUAUUACCAUUGGAUCAUGCAGCUAGACUGGACUUGAUUGCGAAAGUGCACGGUACUUCUCAAGCUGAGGAAUAUUACAACAAAUUACCAAACUCUGCUUCAAGGGAAGCUGCCUCAUUCCCUCUCCUCCAUUGCUAUGUUGCUGACAGAAAUGUUCAGAAAGCAGAGUCCUUUAUGGCUAGCCUGCAGAGUAUUGGGCUGCCCGUCGAUCCUCACUCGUUCAAUGAAAUGAUGAAACUCUAUGUUGCAACAUGUCAGUAUGAGAAGGUGUUCAGUGUAAUCGAUCUGAUGAAACGCAACAACAUUCCCAGGAAUGCUCUCUCAUAUAACCUUUGGAUGAACGCAUGCUCUGUCUCUGAUGUUUCGUCUGUACAAUCAGUCUUCAAGGAGAUGGUUAAUGAUGGCACAAUUGAGGUUGGUUGGAGCACAUACUGUACAUUGGCCAACAUCUUCAAGAAGCAUGGACUGAAUAGUAAAGCCCUGGCUUGCCUUAGGACGGCCGAAACAACAUUAUCAACAACACAGCGCUUAGGAUAUUCUUUUGUAAUGACAUGUUACGCUGCUCUGGGUGACAGCGAUGGGGUUAUGAGACUGUGGGAGGCUAGUAAAUGUGUCCCAGGUAGAAUCCCCGCUGCUAACUACAUGACUGCUAUUUUAUGUUUGAUAAAAGUUGGCGACAUUGACCGGGCUGAGUGGAUAUUUGGAAGCUGGGAAGCGGUGUGCAGGAAGCAUGAUGUGCGGGUUUCAAAUGUUCUUCUAGGUGCUUAUGUGAGGAACGGGUGGAUUGAAAAGGCUGAGAAGCUUCAUCUGCACAUGCUCGAGAAAGGUGCACGGCCAAACUACAAGACGUGGGAGAUAUUGAUGGAGGGAUUUGUUCAGAGUAGGCAGAUGGACAAGGCUGUCAAUGCCAUGAAGAAAGCUUUAUCUCUAAUGAAGAGCUGCCAUUGGAGACCUCCACUCAAACUGGUUGAGGCCAUCGCAGCAUUCUUCGAGGAGCAAGGAAACACGGAUGAUGCAAGCAGAUAUAUUAAGCUUCUUCAAAAGUUUAACCUGACAAGCUUGCCCCUGUACAAGUCCGUGCUUCAAGCAUAUAUUAAAGCUGAUACCGUGGUGCCAACAAACAUUUCCGAGAUGAUAGCAAGAGAUGACAUCGUUAUGGAUGAAGAAAUGGACCACUUGAUCAUACGUGCUAGCAAGAUAGAUAUCAGAGGCGAUGUGUAACUAUGAAAUGUAACAGCCUGUGAUCCAGACACAUGCUAUAUAGCAUUUUGCUGAUGUCGCAAAAUAGAACUGCAGAUUAGACUGAGAACAACACAUGACAAAACAACAUUUCAUUGCUUAGCAGGCAAGCAAAGUGAAUUCUUGUCUGUCAUCUGAAGUGAUGAUUUCUCACAGAGAUGACAAUUAUAUGCUUUUAUUGUGGAGGAUCUCCGUUGUAUGUACUUGAGACGAGCCUGAGAAAUUUGGAGGGCUUCAUACUUUUGUGAGAACCGGAUAAUGGGUUCUUAUAGCUUUAUUGGGAUGAUUAGUCAUGAGCAAAGUGAAUUCUUAUUUCUUAACAGAGAUGACGAUUAUAUGCUUUUAUUGUGUAGGAUCUCUGUUGCCUGUACAAAGACGAUCCUGAGAAAUUUGGAGGCCUUCAUACUUCUGUAAGAACCGGAUUAGGUGGUUCUUAUAGCUUUAUAGAGAUGAUUAGUGAUGUACUUGUGUGUGUAUUUUCCUUUUUCAAAGAUUUGUUGUCUCUGAAUACUGUAGUUAUUCAUCUUCAAUAUCAUCCCUGGAGUUUUGUCAAA